AUGUCUCCCUACGACGGCGUGGUGAUCGGAAAAUUGAGACUGAAGGGAAAACCACUGGCCGUCAAAAAAGACGGGAUCAAAAAGAAGAAGAAACACCGUUACUCGUCAGAGUUUAAUUCAGAACGUAACAUGAACGAGGGUGAGACUGAGAAGUAUGAAGGAGAAGGAAACAGCGCAGGUUGUGAUUGUGAUGAUCGGUUAACUCCGGCUGAGAGACGCUUUCUGCAACAGGCGGAGAAACUUGAGCUUCAAAGGGUGGAAAAGAUGGCGAAGAGAUCUCAUAGGGAUAGAAUUGAGAGGUUCAAUCAGUAUCUAGCUAAUCUUAGUGAUCAUUAUGAUAUUCCAAAAGUGGGGCCUGGCUAA